GGGGUUUCCCGAGGCUGCAGGCAGGGGCCGCCGCGCCCAUCCUGAUGGCUGGAGGCGUCUGAGGGGCGGACGGCGACGGCGGCGGCGGCGGCGGUGGCGGGCGCGGGCGGCGAGGGCAGCGGGGCUGGAACUGGAACAGCCGCCGCGCGGACCCGACCAGCCUCGCCGGCUUCUGCCCGCAAGCCGCGAGCGCGACGACCGGGUCGACCAGGCGGCGGCGUGGGCGCCAGACUGGGCGAGGGCGAGAUAGACUUACAUGUGUGGGAAAACAUACCAGAAACACUUCUGAAUUAAGAGCUUGGAUUCUGAAGUGUGGAAAGCACUGAGACCUGAAGAUGAGUGAACUUGACCAGCUGCGGCAGGAGGCCGAGCAACUGAAGAACCAGAUUAGAGAUGCUCGUAAAGCAUGUGCAGAUGCGACUCUUUCUCAGAUCACAAACAACAUUGAUCCAGUGGGAAGAAUCCAAAUGCGAACCAGAAGAACACUGAGGGGGCAUCUGGCCAAGAUUUAUGCCAUGCAUUGGGGCACAGACUCAAGGCUCCUUGUCAGCGCCUCUCAGGAUGGAAAACUCAUCAUCUGGGACAGCUAUACCACAAACAAGGUUCAUGCCAUCCCUCUGCGCUCUUCUUGGGUCAUGACUUGUGCAUAUGCUCCUUCUGGGAAUUAUGUGGCCUGUGGUGGCCUGGAUAACAUCUGCUCCAUUUACAAUCUGAAAACCCGUGAAGGGAAUGUGCGCGUGAGUCGUGAGCUGGCAGGACAUACAGGUUAUCUGUCCUGUUGCCGGUUCCUGGAUGACAAUCAGAUAGUCACCAGCUCUGGAGACACCACAUGUGCCCUGUGGGACAUUGAGACUGGCCAGCAGACAACGACAUUUACUGGACACACUGGAGAUGUCAUGAGCCUGUCUCUCGCUCCUGACACCAGACUGUUUGUCUCUGGUGCUUGUGAUGCUUCAGCCAAGCUCUGGGAUGUCCGAGAAGGGAUGUGCCGGCAGACCUUUACAGGACACGAGUCUGACAUCAAUGCCAUAUGUUUCUUUCCCAAUGGCAAUGCCUUUGCCACUGGCUCAGACGAUGCUACGUGCAGGCUGUUUGACCUCCGUGCAGACCAGGAGCUCAUGACCUACUCUCAUGACAACAUCAUCUGUGGGAUCACAUCUGUUUCCUUCUCCAAGAGUGGCCGACUUCUCCUUGCUGGGUACGACGACUUCAACUGCAAUGUCUGGGAUGCACUCAAAGCCGACAGAGCAGGUGUUUUAGCUGGACACGACAACCGCGUCAGCUGCUUGGGGGUAACUGAUGAUGGCAUGGCUGUGGCAACAGGGUCCUGGGACAGCUUCCUCAAGAUCUGGAACUAAGGUGGAUACCAUGGUGACUGGAAGACCAUUCCAACCUUGAAGCGUUACAGUGAUAGCAUAUCCUAUCCAACCAUACUAACGUGGACACCCACACCUCCCCUCAGAACUUCAAAAGGGCAAGAUCUUUUUUCCUUCACUUAUUGCUGAAACCAAGAGCACAACUCCCAUUAAGAGAAGGAUCUCUGUGCUGUAAACUAAAACAAAUUGUGCAUUCCUUUCGGGGCCAUUGUCUUUGUUUUCUUUUUUUUGUCUUGGGUAAAUUUUAAAAGGAAAUACUACAAUAAAAAUGUUAACCAGAAGGUAACCCUGAGUGUGAUUGUGAGAGAGACACGCCUCUUUACUAGUUCAUUUGCUUUUAGAUUAGUGAUCCUGUUCUGUGGCAUUCAUGAAAAACAAGUUGAAGACUUUAUCUGUAAUUGUUUCUAAAUAUGAGUCAUUUGUAGCAGGUUAUAACACUUCUUUCUUAAAUAUAUUCCUUUAUGUUCAGUAAUUAAGAGAACCAGAGCCCAUGAUAGUCUCUGAUUUGUCAGUGAUGGAGUUUUGUCCCUGGCCUUUUUUUUUUUUUUUUUGUCUCAUGUCACAGAUGACUGUUUCGUACAAACAUAGCAUAGUGGAAGAAAAAAAUCCAGAAGCAAAGUAGCCAAGCACAUGUUGUGAUGGCCACGAAUGCUUUAUUGGAAUCCUUCCCCUUUGCUCAGCAGUAAACUUAUUCCCAGCACUCUUCCCUCCUGGCUUGUCCUCCUCACUGUCUAGUUUCUGCUCUUUCCUUGGGUUUCCUGUGAAGUUGGAGGGAAGUUUGUUGUCAUGUGACAAUAGCCGUCCUGCCCCUGCUGUCAGAGACCUGUUCUCCAGAGAGGUGCCUGUCCUGUGCUUGGAUAGUCGGUUCGUUUUUUGUGUAUGAAACCAUGUACAAAUCAAUGUUUUGAAAAUAAUGAUCUCAGACUUUCUAAGUUAAAUUUUAAACAAUUUGAUUGUUUGCCAUAUUGGGUGGGUUUACUCUUAGAAUCGCAUGCUGUAGAAAUGCUCUAAAGUGCAUAUAGGACUCAGUCCUUAGAUGUUCUUUUUCUUUUAAGAAAUAACCUCUUCAAGUUGUAACCGUGGCGGCUUUGUCCAUUACUGUUGCUACUCUGCACACAUAUCAGAAGCAGCAAGCGCUUUACACGCUUGAGUAGUGGGAUAAGUCACUGUUUUCUUUACUUUAAAAAACGAAACAAAUAGUCCUGUUGGGAAUGAUUGCUGUUGGAUUCAGGAGGGGAGGGGAAAGCUGCUCUGCUGCCUCUUUGCCACUUCCUGGAAGCCUGCCUCCAUGGAACAGCCGUUUGCAUCCGAGGCAACAAUUUUUACACCAUGCAGAUCUUCGUGGUUAUCAUCUCAAGCCAUGUUCAACAGCAGCGUUUGGACAGCAGUGUUCUGUGGGCCCUCCCCUCCCCCUGUAUCCCGCACCCCUCAUAGCAGUAGUGGCUUCGCCUUUCUGUUUUCUGCAGUGUCCUGUACAAAACUGUGCUGUGACUGCAGUAGGCCUGGACCUGGCAAAGAGAACACAGCGAAGCCCCUUCUCUUCCUACCAAACAACUCUGUAGAGCUCUCUGCACCCUGUACCCUUUUCACCUUUUGUAUUUAAUUUUAAAGUCAGUGUACUGCAAGGAGGCUGGAUGCAAGAUAGAUACUAUAUUAAACUGUACUGUUAUUUAAGAUGUAAUAAAGCAGUUUGACAUGAGGGA